GGCGGGGGCGGUGCCGGUGCGGCUCCACACCGCACCACUCUCCCCACGCCUGCUGGGUGUCGGCGCCUCCCCUUGGAGGACCAUCUACAGCUCCCUGCGCCCGCCGCCGGUGAACGAGAGCGGGAGCUGCGGCGGGCAGGCAGGCAGGCGCUCACCCUCAGGCGGGCCCCGCGGCGGUGGCAUGUCGGCGGAGCGCGUAUGGAGACUAUACCUUCUGUAAAGUUUUGUGGAAGAUAGAGGUGUGUGCUGCAAUGGUUACAUAAAUACCUCAGAGGACUGAAACAAGUUGUCGAGAAUCUGUGUUUGUUUUUAAUGCUGCUGUCAAGAACAAUCUAAGGCAAGUAAACAACAUGAGUUUUAUCCUGAAACUUCACAGACAUUUUCAAAGGACAGUUAUUUUGCUGGCCACUUUUUGUAUGGUGAGCAUAGUUAUUUCUGCAUAUUACUUGUAUAAUGGCUACAAACAGGAAAAUGAACUUCCUGAAAUCUCUUCAGAAGUGGAAUGUGGUGAUCCUCAACUGUUGCAGUACAAGCUGAUGGAGAUGAAGACCAUGAAGUCCGUUGACCCCCUGAGGACAGAUCUUGUAGUGCUGGUGUUUGUGGAAAGUCAGUAUUCAGCACUAGGCCAAGAUAUAAUAACCAUUUUAGAAUCUAGUAGAUUUCAGUUUCACACUGAGAUUGCAUCUGGGAAAGGUGACCUCCCAGUGCUUAUAGACAAAAAUAAAGGCAAAUAUGCUCUCAUAGUAUAUGAAAAUAUUCUAAAGUAUGUGAACAUGGACUCCUGGAACAGAGGCCUUCUAGAUAAGUACUGUAUAGAGUAUGGUGUAGGUGUUAUUGGAUUUCACAAAGGUAAUGAGAACAGCUUGCAGAGCUCUCAGUUGAAGGGCUUUCCUUUCCAUGUCCACAGCAAUCUGGGUAUAAAGGACUGUUGCAUUAACCCUCAUUCCCCACUGCUUCAUGUGACUAAAUCUUCUAAGCUUGAGAAAGGUCCCUUGCUUGGAAAUGACUGGGCAGUUUUCCAUGUUAAUCAUACGACUUAUCAACCAGUGAUAUUUGCUAAAGUAAAGACAGCAGAAAACCUUUCACCACCUGCUGCUAUAAGUGCUCUCUAUGCCACGGUAAUUCAUGAUCUGGGGCUCCACGAUGGGAUUCAGCGAGUCCUUUUUGGCAAUAACUUGAAUUUUUGGCUGCACAGGCUGAUUUUCAUAGAUGCUGUCUCUUUCCUGUCUGGCAAGAGGCUCAGACUGUCCUUGGAUAGGUAUGUUCUGGUUGACAUCGAUGACAUCUUUGUUGGGAAGGACGGAACAAGAAUGAACACCAAUGAUGUACAGGCCCUGCUUGACACUCAGAAUCUUUUGAGAGCUCAAAUUACAAAUUUUACUUUCAACCUGGGAUUUUCAGGGAAAUUUUAUCACACAGGGACUGAGGAAGAAGAUGAAGGUGAUGACCUGCUGUUGAGAUCUGCGGAUGAGUUUUGGUGGUUUCCCCAUAUGUGGAGUCACAUGCAGCCUCACCUCUUCCACAAUGAGUCGUCACUGGUGGAGCAGAUGAUCCUCAACAAAAAAUUUGCCUUAGAACAUGGUAUUCCAACUGAUUUGGGCUAUGCAGUGGCUCCACACCAUUCUGGAGUCUACCCAGUACAUGUUCAACUCUAUGAUGCCUGGAAAAAGGUCUGGAAUAUCAGAGUUACCAGCACAGAAGAAUACCCACACCUAAAGCCUGCACGAUAUAGGCGAGGCUUCAUCCACAAAAAUAUCAUGGUGCUUCCUAGGCAAACCUGUGGCUUAUUCACCCACACAAUUUUCUAUAAAGAGUAUCCUGGAGGCCCAAAGGAACUAGACAAAAGUAUUCAAGGAGGAGAGUUGUUCUUCACAGUGGUUCUCAAUCCAAUUAGCAUCUUCAUGACACAUUUGUCCAAUUACGGAAACGACCGCCUGGGAUUAUACACCUUUGUGAACCUGGCCAAUUUUGUUCAUACCUGGACAAACCUGAAACUGAAAACUCUUCCUCCGGUUCAGCUGGCUCACAAGUAUUUUGAGCUGUUCCCUGAGCAGAAGGACCCUCUCUGGCAGAAUCCCUGUGAUGACAAACGGCACAAAGAUAUCUGGUCGAAAGAAAAAACCUGUGAUCGAUUACCAAAAUUCUUGGUUGUAGGACCCCAGAAAACUGGUACCACAGCCUUGUAUUUGUUCCUGAUCAUGCAUCCUUCCAUCAUUAGUAACUCCCCCAGCCCAAAAACCUUUGAGGAGGUACAGUUCUUUAAUAGAAAUAACUACCACAGGGGGAUUGAUUGGUACAUGGAUUUCUUCCCCACUCCUUCUAAUGUCACCACUGACUUCCUCUUUGAGAAAAGUGCCACCUAUUUCCAUUCUGAGGAAGCUCCUAAACGAGCUGCUUCCCUCAUCCCCAAGGCCAAGAUCAUCACCAUCCUCAUUGACCCGUCCGAUCGGGCAUAUUCCUGGUAUCAGCAUCAGCGAUCACAUGAAGAUCCUGCAGCUCUAAAAUUCAGCUUCUAUCAAGUGAUCACAGCUGGACCUCGAGCACCAUCUGAUCUUAAAGCUCUCCAAAAGAGAUGCCUAGCACCAGGAUUGUAUGCUACACAUAUUGAAAGAUGGCUAACUUACUUCCCACCUUAUCAGUUGCUAAUUAUUGAUGGACAGCAGCUGAGAACUGACCCGUCUACUGUAAUGGAUGAAGUACAGAAGUUUCUGGGAGUCUCUCCUCAUUAUAAUUACUCUGAAGCCCUAACGUUCGAUUCACAUAAAGGUUUCUGGUGUCAGCUCCUGGAAGAAGGAAAAACAAAGUGUCUUGGAAAGAGCAAAGGUAGAAAAUACCCUCCUAUGGAUUCUGAGUGCAGGGCUUUUCUGUCAAGCUACUACAGAGAUCACAAUGUGGAACUGUCAAAACUCCUACACAAACUGGGACAACCCCUGCCGUCAUGGCUGAGACAGGAGCUACAGAAAGUAAGAUAGCAUUGAAACACAGCUUUUUGAAAUCUCUCUUCCAUACUUCAGUCAUCAUAUAUGAAGUCUCCAGGAGCUACUAGAAGGUCUUGUAAAAUAUACUUCUUCAAAAAAGAGUAAAAGAUAGAUAGAAAUUAUUUCCAUGUGCUGGCAUGUGGAUUGUGAAAAUACAUGUGUUUCUUAGAGUUCCGGUGGGCCAGAUCUUUCUCACAAACAUUCCUGGGCCUGUGGACUUGUGGACCGCUGUGCACAUAUGUAGAAGUUAUUUGCAGCUGGUAUAAGUUUGAGAUAUGUGACCUGUCCAAUUUCACGGUAAAUACAUAUAUAUAUACACGCACAUUUUUAUAUAUCAGUUUAAAAGUACUGUGUCUCAUGUAGGUUUUAUAGCCCAUUGUUAGACCACUGACAGUUUUUCUUACUGUUUGAUUAUCGUCUUGCACAAAGUAAGAAAACUUGACGUAGCACAAAAAAUGCCAAGUGUACUUCAGGGUUAGAAGUACAGUUAUUAUAUGUGAUUUAGCUGUGCACAGCAACAAAAUACACGGAGCAAAGUAUGGAAGCCACAGGCAAAUGCAAUGUAGAAACACCCCCCACUCCCACACCCCCAAGAAAACAUUGCCUACGAUUAUAGCCUGUAACAACAUACCCUUACAAUAUGGUAAAGACCUUUGACCACAAUUAGUGUGUAUGAUUUUGGACUGACUGAAAUGGCAAAAUACAGAAUAUAGUCAUUAUCUGAGCAGAAAUUGAAUUGGACAUGUGAAGUACAAAAGCUGCAGUAUAAUUCUUAUGAGCAGUAUUUUACUUACACAAUUGUGAACGAAACUGAAGUAGUGCAAUGAACAGGCUUUUACUCCUGGCUUCCACAAGCAGCCAGACACUGCCCUCUGGGCUUACAUUGCUGUGAAUCAGGAGCAACUCUGCUGAAAUUAAUAAAAAACUCACAAAAAGCAGAAACGCAUCCAUACUUAGAUUGUCUUAAUUUGCACCACUAUUUUUUCCUUAAUUUAUUUGCCUUCAGUCUCUAUGGUUUGUAUAUUCUAAGAUCCCUCAACCUAAUCAAAAUCAUAGCAUCUUUCAGCAACCUUCAGUUUAUGUCAGCUGCAAAAAUCUGUCACAUUUCCAGAUGAAAAUACUGGUUCUGGUUCCAGAUGUUUUCAGCAUGUUUUGUAUUAAACAUUAGGAAUAAUCUGUAGGGGAAAAGAAAUAAACACAGUAUGUAGUCAUGGUAGAAAAUUACACUCUAAUCAUGGGAGACACAAAUAUCCAGCCUUAUGUUUAUGUCAUACAUUUCAAUAAUACAUCUCAUAGUGUAUCAGUUGAGAUGUGAGAUAAAGUCUAAUUAAUAGUAAGAAAAAAUGGGGAAAGAGGAUGAAAGAAAACUUCAGCUGAGGAUGGCCUUGCUGCUUCUCCACUGAACUUUGACUGAGUGUUUCUUAGAGGCAUGAAGAGGUAGUGAAAAUGAAACAGAACUGCAGUACUAAAUGCAAUGCUUUUUACAGUAGCUGUAUAACAUUAUGAUUUGGUUUAGGGUGAAUAGUUAAAAAUACACAUCAAAUGGUGGGAAAACUUCUUGUGUCUCAGUGCUGCUUUCCAACAUUUAUGUAAUCAUAUAAUUUAACUUUCAAGGUAAUAGAAUGGAAACCAGUCUGUUAUUCCCUAAACAAAAAAGGGAUGUUGAAAUCCUUACUGUACCUCUAACUGGUAAUCUUUAUUAUUUAUUGAUUUUGUAAUAUGUGGUUUUGAUAGGUCUGUAAAGAAAAAGGUCUAGGCAAAUUUGCUGUAUUUAACAAUAUUCUUUACACAAGUUUUUGCCAAGGGAAAAUGCAUGAGUAAUGAUGAGGACCUUCUAGAGUAGACAUUUUUAAGAUUAACAUCUUUAUUAUUUAUUAGACAGAGUAAGAGCUUUCAUUUCACUUUAAAUAGUCACUGUCAUAUGGAUUUGUCCCAGAGGCUGACUUGUGAAGUACUUUUUAUUUGAUAAACAUUUUGGAUUCUGAAGAUCUGUAAAAGCAAGUACUCUGCGUGCUAUGGACAGCUCAUGCCUCCUGCAAGCUUCUAUAUGGAUUUGCUACAACGAAAUUGAAUAACUGGAGAAAAUACCUGGCGUUUUCAUCCUGGUAUGAUUUGUUUUACCCUUAAUAUAACCUGAUGUAACUUCACUCAAACAGUUUUUGAAAAAUCCACAGAAGGAAUGGGCUGCCACAUUGAUAGUUCAUUCUUUAAGAACUCCCUUUCUGUCUUAUUUCUCUGGGAAGCCAAGGCACCCACAAAAUGAGAAUGAGUGGAUAGUCAGGCACAGUGGUGAUAGGGACAUGCAUUCAGUUGCAUUCUGCCUCCAGAAAUUUUACAACAGACACAGUGACAUGUCUUAAAUCUGUGAAGUACUGUGUGAGUACUCACUGAGGUACAGUAAGGAGCCCACUACAAUUGUUGAUGAUCUGCUAAAAUAGCCCAACUGGAGUCACCAUGUAGCACUGCAGAGAUAAGCGCCCGACAUGCAUGGCCUUGGCUUUGGCCUUGGGUGGAUUGGGUUUGGUUUGGCAGCUAAAUACAAAGCUCAUUCUCCAGGAAGAAGUGCCACAGUGACUCUCAAGUCCUGAUGAGGAACAGCAGGUUGGAGCUCUUGUAUCAUCCCAGUGCUCUUCCUAAAGGAGGGAACUGGAAACAAAAUGAAUGAGUUCCUAGGGAAAUCUUCGGUGGAUUCAUGUGGUAACUUUACCUGACUGGAUAUUGUGAACAAAGUAGCUUGACCUGGAACUGCAUCUGAAAGGGCGUAAUCUUGAAUCUCCAUUAAGUCUGAGCUACUGUUCUGAUGCACCUGUUAUGCACUAGCAUCUUUAGAAACAGUGCUGUGGGAUUAGCUUCUUGUAUGCUGGGAGGGCUAGUCUCUGAAACAAAAGCAAUGGAGAAAUAAAGGCAACUGCUGGUGCUUUUUACAGUUCCAAAUUUCUGAUGCUCGCUUAUUACUUGUUAAUACAGAGAUGGUAUGAAGCAACUUUUUUUUUCUCAAGAACUAUUCUGUUUAAAUAUGUUCUUACAUUUAAGAGGAGACUUUAAAAAAACACUACUUUUAAUGUGCAGUCAACUUGGUGAAGAAUGAAGAGUCUGAGGAAAGCAUGCAGACAACAGCUACAUGUGUUAUUGCCCAAAUCAUAGGAUGCACAAGUACAGCUGAGUAAGCAAGUCAUACAACGUGCAUUACCUGACAAAGUUUAACUACUUCUGUUCAAAGCUUACUUACAAUAGGUGUUUGAUUUCCAGAAAUAGACUAUCAACACUCUUAAAAAAAAUACUGAUUCAUUACAAUGAAUUUAUAUUUGCUAGUCAAAGUCAGAUAUGUUGUAUUGUGGUUGAUAACACAGCCACGGUUUCUGCUGUCCUGGUAGAUAACUGCACAAUUGCUUGAUUAUGUGAGCUUCACCUUCAUUUUCAUAAAUAUGAUUCUGAAAUUUACUUUCUGCAGAAUUUGUGCUAUUAAAAGUUAAUGUGUGACUAUGAACAGAAAGUGACCAUUACAGGGGGUGUAAAAGGGCCUGGUAUGAAAUAACUUAAUUAUUUAAGCAAACAUUGCUGAAAAUGCUGUUGAUAUUUUCUCAGUUCUACUACUGCAGAAAGAAUUAGUCGCAAUGAUUUGCAGACUUUCUUGUACAGAAUAUCCUUUUUCACUGCUUAAAAACGUGAAACUUCCUCAGGAAGAAAUUAAAUAGGUAUUUCAGUGUUAUAGAGGUAAUACUCUUGUCAUUCACAUUGAAUGAAAAUUGCUGGAAACAUUUUUCUCAAAGUUUUUUAAAAUAAAAAUAGCUAUUAUUCUGAUAGUGGCAUGGUAUCUGAAGUGCAAGAAUAAACUCUGAUAAGAAAAUG